CUCUAGAAUCAUCCAAAAUGGAGCCUCUUACAGCGUACCCUUUAAGAUGUUCAGGGUCGAAAGCAAAGGUAUUUGCAGUUUUACUGUCUAUGGUUCUAUGCACAGUAAUGCUAUUUCUUCUACAACUAAAAUUCCUAAAACCUAAAAUCAACAGCUUUUAUACAUUUGAAGUGAAAGAUGCAAAAGGAAGAACAGUUUCUCUGGAAAAGUUUAAAGGCAAAGUUGCACUAGUUGUAAACGUGGCUAGUGACUGCCAACUCACAGACAGAAAUUACUUAGCACUGCAGGAACUGCACAAAGAGUUUGGACCAUUUCACUUCAGCGUCUUGGCCUUUCCAUGCAAUCAGUUCGGAGAAUCGGAGCCCCGCCCAAGCAAGGAAGUAGUAUCUUUUGCAAGAAAUAACUACGGAGUGACAUUCCCCAUCUUCCACAAGAUUAAGAUUCUAGGAUCUGAAGCAGACCCUGCAUUUAGAUUUCUUGUUGAUUCUUCAAAGAAGGAACCAAGGUGGAAUUUCUGGAAGUAUCUGGUCAACCCUGAGGGCCAAGUUGUGAAGUCCUGGAGGCCAGAGGAACCCAUUGAAGUCAUCAGGCCUGAGAUAGCAGCUCUGAUUAGACAAAUGAUCAUAAGAAAGAAAGAGGACCUGUGAACAUGGCAGUGAAUCAUUCAGAUGCAGUAGUCGGAAUAUAGACAAGUCUGGUGGAGUCGGUGGGGGGAGUCUCAUCUUAAAGACUCUGACAACUAAAUGUGGCCCUGAAGGAUGGGGUGUUUUGUUUUUAGGCUACUUUGCCAGUGAGUGGUAAUGAAUGUCCCCAGGUCAGAGAUGUUACCUAAAGCAAAAAUAAAGAGUAGCUAAAGAAUCAAAAUACAAUAUAUUAAAUAUUUCAUCUGACCACACUAAGUAAUUCAGAAUACAGAGUCACCAAUGUGCUUCAGUAUCCUGUUGUUCACCUUGACAUUUUCCAGGAUUGUACUUGAUGGAAAUGCCAACACACUAGACCAUUGUUUUUUCAAGACACUGUAUGUGACUGAAAUUUUGGGAGUAACUAACUGUAAAUGGCUAUUUUUAUGUAAUAAAAUACAAAAUAAACACUGAAAAAUGUGAAAUAGA